AUGGAGACCUCAAUUCCUCAAAAGCCCUCGGCCAUCCCACGGCCAUCCGGCAUCGCUCGACCGUCGAGACUGCCCGUCCUGCAGACAACACACGCAAACAACGCCCCACCAUACUCACACAUUCGACCAGCCGGGUCAAUUGAGAAAACUAGGAGCAAGCCUUCAGUUCCAACCUUUCCUAAGCCGACGCCAUCUACUGUGAGCCAACCACGUACCGCCCUUCCAUCGGCUUCCAGCAGGAGAGUUUCAGGGGCCGCUAAAGGAGUCGGUACAGAAAGCAGCGGGGGGACAUUCAAGAAGCCAGUUGGAAGGCCUCCUCCCCGUCCAGCCCCACAAGCGCAACGAAGACCGUCAGUAUCGGAACCUCGUGUGGGGCACGAGGAUCAACUGGGGGCGCUCGAUGGCUUCCGUGCUUCGUCACGCCAGGGCUUCAGAGAAGCAGAGCCGAUACAGGUCUAUGAUGAAGCAGCCCAGGAUGAGUCGACACCAAAGCCGCGGAAGUCGAGGCCCUCCCUCUCGGAUAGAACAAUCGAGAGCCUCUCGCACAUUCCCCCUUCGCCAGCAGGCGGCAGACGAAAGUCGAGUUUCUUUACACCACAAAGCCCUAUGGGUCCACCCUCACGUCCAGCUUCAGCGAUGAGCAACGCAAGACGCCCAGGGACAAGUGAUGGAGCGUUCGCAGGCACCCCGUACUUGCGCCCUACCACGCCUUCUCGACGAGCGCCCGGAGCUCCUUUGACGCCAGGCCCUCCGGCUCCAACUCCCAGUCAGAGAAGCGUGAGUGCAGCGUUACCACGUGUCCCUCAGACGACGGGACGGAUGAGCUUCGGACUGAAGCCAUCGACCGCCAGAGCGUUUGAGCACGCGCCCUCUGCCACACCGAGCGGGAGGGGCACGGGACGACCACCAUCUACUGGCAGCAAGACCAUGAUCUCGAGAACACCGAAAAGUCGGCCAGCAGUGAGCAACCUGUUUGCCAAGCCGAACUCAAGGCCUGCGGCGGUUGUCCAAGCCGCAUCGAAAGAGACAGCAGACACUUCUACAGGCGACCCAUCACCGGAGACUGCAAAGAAGAUCGCAAGCUCCUCGGCAGCCUUGCGCGAACAAAUCGCGAAAGCUAGAGCGGCGGCACGUAAAACGACGCCGAAAAAACAGGACGGCGUUGUAGAUUCCUUGACUGCCUACGAGACCGGGUUUGACCUCUCCUCGGACCCUUUCAACCUGGCACCGAAGACGGGCAGUGGUUUGCUCCGCAGACGAGUCGAUGCCGCGCGAGCUGACGGACGCCUCAACAUAGCUGCAAUGGGACUGAAGGAGAUACCCAUGGAGGUCUUGAACAUGUACGAUUACGACCCCAACGAUUCCAGUAAAAUCACUUGGAGCGAGGUGGUUGACCUCACCCGUUUCAUCGCGGCCGAAAACGAGCUCGAGAGCGUUACAGAAGUAUUUCCCGAUACAGAUCCGGAGCUGGCUUCUAUGGCCAAUGAUGAUGACGAUGUGAAGAAACCUCAGUUCGGAGGGGUGGAGUUUCUUGAUUUGCAUGGCAACCUCCUGCGCGAAGUACCGUUAGGACUCCGGAGGUUGCAAUACCUGACCUCCUUAAACCUGUCACGCAAUCGACUUGGUGUCGACGCUCUAAACAUUAUCGGCCAGGUAGCAAGCCUGAAGGAGCUAAAGAUAGCAGACAAUAACCUGGAGGGCGAGCUUCCGAAUGCAGUCUGCCGACUGAAGAGGCUCGAAGUUCUCGAGCUUCAAGGAAACAGACUGUCAAGUUUACCUGACGGCCUACUUGAGCUCAUCAACCUGCGUAUACUCAACCUAACAGAGAACUCACUAUCAGCACUACCUAUGGCCAUGAUUGAAACCCUCCCUCUGAUCGAGCUGUUGGUCGCUAAGAACAAGUUGAGCGGUACCUUGUUCAGUGCAAGCUGUACAUCACAGCGCCUGCAGCUGCUGGACGUAUCCAACAACGCUCUCGAGUCCCUCAGUGGGAAUGGUUCUUUGUCUUUGCCCAGCCUGCGGACUCUCAACAUCAACACCAACAGGAUCAAAACAUUACCGAACAUUUCCACAUGGACCAGCCUCAUCUCAUUACUGGCGCAGGACAACAAGCUGUCCGACCUUCCCGCCGGCUUCACCACUCUACCAUCGCUGAGAAACGUCGACUUCACCGGCAACGACUUUGUGAAGCUGGAUGAGCGGUUGGCACUUGUAAAAAGUCUCGAGGUGUUCACAAUAGCCGCUAACCCCCUGCGGGAACGAAAGUUCCUAACGAUGAGUACCGAUGACCUUAAGAGGGAUCUGGCGGCGCGACUGGAGCCAUCAGAUCGGGAUAGAAUAGCUGAAGGCUACAAAGCUGAGGAGAUUGGGGAGACAUUCUGA